UUGUUGCUCCAUUUAGUAAAACUAGUUUUCAGGUGGGUGCUGCGACCGAUGUGUGCCGUCCUGGGUAUCGUAGUUGCUGAGGAAGAACGGACGACCAGAUUGAGCAAUGCCGCUCUCGUCGUCGUCUCAAAUCACGUGACACCGUUGGAUCACCACGCUUUUUGCUUGUUACGACCAUACCUCAUUGUAACAACGAACUGUCCAGUGCUGGCGUUUCCUGAAGUCGCAACGACGAAUGGCAGUGUUGGACUUCUGAAGUUUAGCUCAUGGCCUUUCGACCUCAGUUUCAUUGUGCAGCCGGCUCUCCUCUCCGUUCAUCGUCCGUUGAUUGCUAACGUUUCUCCGGUAAGAAAUUUUUAUUCCUUCGCUGCUCAGCGGCUUGUUUAUUGCAGCCACGAUCUUGGCUGUGAAACAGAAUUCGUCAUGAAAACCAGGAGGAUAACUACACAAAAUUUGACCCUACCCACAGGUUGUUUACGACUUGUCAUGCAAGAUCGAUCCGGAUUGCCAGUGCACCCCUCCCUGAAUCUUAGUUAG